AUGUCUUUAACUGAAAGCUGUAAAAUUUCUAGUACCCCAAGAAGAAAAGAAUAUAAUGACCUAAAAUAUAUUAUCAAAAAAAAAGUAAUUAAGGAUUUAGAAUGUUAUCAAGAGUCUAUCCUUAUUGCUUUAUUGAAUCAAUUUUGUGGGAUUACUAUUUGUAGACCGAGAAAACAAUGUAGUGUUGCAUUGUGUUGCGCUAAGGUUCAGACUAUUCAUCUAAAUAGUGAGAGUAUUGAGGUAAUGAAAUUAGCAGAACAAAGAUUUAAACCUAUUUAUGAUCAAGACAUUAAAGAUGGUAUAGCUAAAGCAACUUCUUUUAGAAGAUUUGAGAAAAAUAAGAGGAUAUUUAUUCAUAACUUUUUAUUUGAUCUUGCUUUAGAAUUUGGCUUCUUUUUUGAUUCAAAAUUAUCAAGAAAAUCAUCAAAAACAGAUUCUAUUGAAAGGAUUCAACGUGUUUAUUUUCGAGGAAAACUCAUUAUUGAAUUAGAAGAGGUUGUUGAAAAAGGAAGUAUUCUAACUAAUCAAUUUUUUGAUUUGGUUAGAUAUGGAGUUACUUAUACAUUAAACAAAAAUGACCAAAUUAUCUCAAAAGUGUUUAAUCAUUUACACCCUGUUAUUAAUUAA